AUGUCUACAAUUCCCGAACCGGAUUUAUUGCUUCAAGCCGUUUUCCAUCAUGUAGUUCUUCCUUCCAAGUUGCCUAGUAGGAACGACGCGGAUAAGCUUGGGCUGGCAUAUGAUCUGGGAAGUCGACUUCAGCGCGCCUUGGCCAAGUUCAGUGAUAACCAAGACCAGGACGUUUGGAACGUCUUGCUUAGCUCCAUGAAAGCUACAACAGUUCUCAAUCAGGGCCAGCUGAUCAGCCAGGAACUACUGGAAAUGUUUCAAAGCAUCGCUAGUGGGAAGAAUAAGAUCUGGCUCACUCUUUUCGUCACUCAACAGAAUUCUGCCUUGCUAAUUCAUCGCAAUGAUAUUGAAGAAACAGUAGUUUUCGAAGCAUUCCAGACUGCAGCACCAGUCAAAGAUGUUCUCGCGGCAAAACAUGGUCUCAUGGGGGAAUUUCCUCAUCAUUCAGUCCGAGUCCCGUUCAACGUUUUCAACGACAUGUCCUUCCUGAGUAAUCUGUCUCAGCUUUUGGGACAGGCAAGCUAUGGAUCUUUUGAUCAGUUCGCGGCGAAGGCUUCCAAGGGCGGACAAUUGAUUGCCGAGACCCGCGACUCCACAGACCCUGCCUUAGUGAUGGAGAUGCUCAUGUCACUUUUGGAGGGGCUUGGAAGUGGCUUAGAAGUACAGUCGGUUCGUAAGAAAGUUCGGGAUGACGUUGUAUUGGGCUCAUCUGAAGUUCCCUGGAGGCGCUCACCGUACUGGCUGGUUCUCCGUGUAGCAUUGAGACGUAUGCUACGGGAGUUGCUAGACCACAAAUGCGCCGGCAUGGGACGAGUCUAUUACAAGUUCGUUCUUUGUACCAUGUUGGCCGAGCUUCUCAAAGACUCUGUUGAACAUCUGCACCCCGAGAUGACGCUGCAGCUUCGAUCAAAGCUCUGCCGCCGCAUGGCAAAACUCAAGGCGGAUAGUGCAGCAUGUUCACUAUCUUUGCGCCCAUUGUAUAAUGAUCUUUUCGCAUCUACUUCGGGCGACUUUGGAGGCAUCGUGAAGUAUGCGACGGAACGGAUUUCUUUGCAAUGGGAUGACUACAAGGCCAGAGUUGCUCGCCGCAUUCCAACUCUUCCGUGCCGCGUCCCCGACGCUGAUCUAUACAUGAGACUGGAUAAUAGUGGCGCCUUCUUGACAUCUCAGUUAUCACAAAAGCUCAGCUUUCUGUCCCGUAGGAUCUCUCCGGACUUGCUUCAGUCACAAGAGGGAACAGUUCUCGAAGUUGGCCGCCUGGCCGACCGCUAUAUUGCCCUCGAGGAGAGUGAGAAUGCGGCAGCUACGAGAACUACUGCCACCUCAGAAAAACCUCAAGAAUUUUGCAACUCACUAUCCAGAGGUAUCAUGGACCUGCUCACCAACGUGGGAGACACCUUCAACAAAGAUUCGGUUCUGAUGAGUCGCCACCUUCUCAGACUCUUUGAGCUUUGGACAAGCAUGGACGAAGCGGCAACCUCUAUAUGUCCGUUACUCAAAGACUAUCAUCCUCUAUUCAUUCCCGAUGCAUUGGAUGUACUUUGCUUGAUGACCAAGGACGAGAUGGUGCGGCUGUUACGAGUACAGCUGUACCUUCGCAAUCGUGUGGACUCACACAAGAAAAGCCUGGGUACAAUCUUUGAUAAACCCACAACAAGGUCAUCGUUUCCUGCCCAGUUUGUCUCUUCCACUGUGGCUGGUAGCCAGAUGUUGAUGACCGCUACACUGAUUGAUGAAGCCUCACUGAGGGCCCGAGAAUCAACCCUAUCCGAGCUAGAACGGCUGACAAAAAGGUACGACAGCUUGACACAGUCGCUGAACGACCUUGCCUGCACAUGUACCACAUCUCCUACCGGCAAAAAGAUCACCAAUGGUUGCCGAAGAUGUCCGAAGUUUUGGCAACGAAAAAAGCUCAAGAUCAGCGUCCAUGAAGACUUUCUCCCAUCAACCGACACUGACCAGCGAAUUGCCCAACGAGCAGCUAUUCUUCUAGAGCUACUUAUUCCUAAGUACUUGAAAGCCUAUCGUGCAGCAACUUGGCGGUUGUAUCAUCUGGGUACCACAGUAGCAACCAAAGGCGUUCCAAAACUGCUCCUUGACGAUAUUACUAAUCUCAAGAAAUUCUCCCAAACGGCGAAUAGAACCUUCACGCUUGCUUCGCGCAAAAAGUCAUUCCGGCAAACUCACUAUGGCAAGUUGAAAUUACCAAAAACGCCUGACCAGGUCGCUUUUCGUUUUGGAGCCGAAAUUUCAUACUAUGAUACUGUAUUGGGGCUUUGGGCGGACGAACUCCCCAAGAUCCCAUGGUAUCAGCACCUUUUAGGUCUCUGGCUUCCACAGGGCAUCCCGGAUCCAUAUGAAACGCCAAGAGGAGUCCUAGACAUGCUUCUACAUCAUCCUUCUUCUUACGAGAUCGUAGCAAGCGAAUCAAUGAGUCCUCGAUCCAUAUCUGGUAACGAUUUCUGUGCUUUCCAGCGAGCGGUUUCUGCACGAGGUCGACGCUGGCUCGAGGUACUGAAGGAAAUGGCAGCUUCCAAUUUUGACUUAAGUAGUCGAGCUACAAAUUGUUUCUUCCAACGCCUUGCUAUGCAGGCCGGCCCAGCUGCACUGGAACAAGGAAUACUGCGUGAAGUUCAAUGGGUGUUCAGCUGUGAAAGGUUCUGUGAUAGACUGAAAGAGCGGCUCGAGGCUUGGAUGGAUACGAUGGAACAGAAUCGGAGACAGGUCGAUCGGAUGAGUACCGUUGUGAUAUUUAGCCUUCGGCUAUAUCACCUUUGCCCACAGUCAUUUGCAAGACAGGCUCAUGAGCUGCUGUUGAGAGUCCGUUCCGUCACCUCAAAUUGGAUUCUUCAAUUACAGCAUGACGUCAGAUCAACGCCUGACGGUGAUAUGGCCGGUAAGUCUGCUACUUUUGCUUUCUGGGCCGCGUUGCUUUGUCGCCAAACAUUCUGGGGUUGUUUAGGUCAUGAUGGCUUUGAAGCAACUGUGCUCAAAGACGAUCCGUUACCUUUCUUCCGAUCGUCAAUCGCGCUUCAGGAGAACUUGCUUGAUAGUUUGGAUAGGCUGCCCCCUCACUUGCGAAGUCUUCUUACCCAAGACAUGUCUGCUUCUUAUCAGAUGAGGAGUAUUGUCGAGAAGUGGGUGCAGAGCGACAUCGGCCUGGUAGAGAAGGCAAUCGACGAGACAUGGGCCAAUGCCAGUGUUCUUGCUAAGAGAUCUUACUCCCCUUGGAAGAAGCUCAAGGGUAAAAACUCGUGGUGGAUUUCGUCUGAAACCGACCCUACUGGCUCAAUCGCUCCACAGAGAGUACAUUAUCAUGUACUUCAAGGUCACUUACUAGUGGAUCAAAAGCCUCUAGGGAGGCUUCCCCUUGAGAUCAGAGAUGAUGAAUCUAUGCGGGAGCUUUUUGAGGGGCGACAAUUACUAACACGACCAUCCGGACUCUUGGACUAUCAGAUCCUUACCGAAAUGGAAGGACACCAAGUUCAUGUUGGCAUCAGGGAUAGCAAAAUAACCAUCAAAGCUCUAUUCAGAGGCUCCAUUCUUCAAUUCGUCCCGCGUUCCAUGUUGAAAGGUCCCAUGGGCUGGGACCUACCCGCAGAUUUAGUCGACGAUUGCGUGCACUGGCUGGACUUGACUACCGGAAAUCUUGAGAUGCGUCGAAAACCACGAAUUUGGAGACGUAAGCUAUCGAACUGGGUACUCGACACCCGAAAUCGAAGAGCCACCAGAAAUAGCAAUAAGCCUACGAGGUCGGGAAAGUCGAGCACGGGAACCAGUCUUGUUGAGCCAAACUCGGAGAUUGGGAGGAAAGUCUGUAGUAUUUUUCAGGAUUUUGAAGACUCCAAGAGGUUGACGAUUUACCAACCUGCCAAUGGAACCUUGUCCGUUGAGAUGAAACGUUUAGAGAUCCGCUUCCAUGUCAACCAGAGAGGUUUACUGUUUUGCCCUCAGCUCAAGGCUGAAGUGGAUCCUCAGCAAGAUAUCGGAACGCUCCACGGGUUAUGCAGUCGAGUUACUCUGCGCGAUAUUUCAAACUCUAAAAGAAGGAGUGUUCUUAUCCCAAUUGGGAAUAUUCAAUGGGAGAGACAUGGAAUCCAUAUCGCGGUCAGGAUUUCCAACGAAGGAGUGUACGCUAAAUAUACCCUCAACUCUGUCCUAGGCCGACUUGACUGCCCACCUGAACCACUUCUUCUUUAUCUGAAGGCAGCAAUACAUGCACUAACGUCUUUCCCACUACCGGAUGACUUCACUGGGAAGACAGGAACAGAGGAAGCUCGCCAUUGUCUGCUCUCGGCUCGCAGUCAGCCUUGGACUCCUUUGGCGGGCUUUCCACAGAGAAUACUGUCUGUCAUCAAGUCUUUAUCACCGGAAAGAACUCUUUAUCCCCCAGGCAUCAAUCUAUAUCAGAAAGUCCGAUGGGAUCAACAUUUGACUUCCACAAUCCAACAUGAAGACUUGGCUCCUCUAGUCGCUCUGAUUGAACGUCGGUCACGAGAGCUAGAGAUGUUUGGUAUGACACAACCUCAGCAAGACAAUGUGUCAUAUGACGUGUCUGUGGCUCAUUUGCGAAUCAGAGGCCGUAUUCGAAGGCAGCUUUAUGAGCGUUUCUCCUUUGAUUCUGAUUCGAUGGUUCUUUCCCAAGCGGCACAAACAGAUGGUUUCAUCCCUCUCCGAGACCAAAAGUCAUCUGUGAAGAGCUGCCGAGUGUAUCAGACCACCCGUGCGAUGCUGGAAUCUGAUACUGGUGCAUUCCGCCUUCCCAAGCUUGCUCCAACUUUGGAAAAGUGGAACACAUUUCGGGGUAUCAAGAAAUCCUCAUCAGAUAUCGAUCUAGCGGCAACUCUAGGUGUUGGAGCGCCACAACUUUGGGGGUCCCUGGUCCAGAAGCUCUAUGAAAACGGCCCGACGAGAACUUACGACAAGCACUUUUCCCUAGCUUUGUUAGCGUUCGACGACGAUGUUGACAUGGGUGUCAUGAUGUGGCUCGUGGCACUGUUCAAAAGCAGUAGAUUAAGUCGCAUCCGGCCGCCCAACCAUUCCCUGUUCACAAACUUCCGCCAUUUUGAAGAACCGUCCAAAGAUGUAUUUCUGUCACUAGCGCUGCCAGAAUCAUUCAACGACGACAAGAGCGGACCCGUGCCCAAAGAUGAUCCGAGGAAGGACGCAGCGUCACGAAUCACCUCUCACAUUCUCAAGAUGUGGCCAAAUCCACCUCUUUCGAGACAGGAGUUCGAAUUAUCAGUCAAAGGCCUAACCCGAGACAUCCAGAACUUUAGCUUAAAGAAGACUUGGCAGAAGUUCUACCCCGAGCUUCGAAGAUUGAAAGGCAAUUGGGAGCUGUCUGUCUAUCUCCUUCAGCUGGAGAGCGCAGCAGAAAUGUUGGUAGGCGAUCAAUCGAAGGCGGAUCAAAAGCUAUACCAAGACCUUUGGGCUUUAAAACCAACACGUUUGAAAGGCAGGAGCCCAGAGGGACCCAGGAAAUGUUUUACGGCUCAAGUCUUGAUGAAAGACUUGCUAUCAAGGCAUAAAUUCCACGAUAGGUCCAAUAAAGACUCUCAAUCUUGGUUAGAAGAACAAGACCACUCUUCGGUUGGAAGUUACAAUUCAAAUUCAUCCAGCCAGGCCUCAGAGUUACCUGUAGCUCAAAGAACGGAAUUCAAUACCCUCCAAGAGAUUAUACAGAGACUGAUCUCUUCGCCCCUCACUUCAGAACGGGCUUAUGGGGAGGACCUUCGAGUGUCACUCGCCGCUUUGGCUCUACCGCAACAGCGUCGAAAAGCACUUCAUAACACACCACACAUGGCUUCAGUCAAAAGAGAAAUUACUCGUUGCCGCCAGCUCUUACGAGAGCAACAAGAUAAGAUCGAGAAUUUGGUUUCGCAAGGUGACGAGGGCUUCGCGUGGCUUUCAAAAGGCCAGCUUUGGCCUUGCUUCUCACCAGUUGCAAUUCUUGAACAGCUAAGAAAUGGCAAUAGAUCGCGAGUACCUCAUGCUUUGAUUACCAGGAUAGUGGAGUACGGGGUAUUUACGGCGCGCUUUCAGCGUUACCUCCGGAUAGAAGAUGCAAUUCUUCACAGAGAUGAUGGAUGGUUGGAGGAGAACUUUGAGUCACAGGGACACUCCAACUGGAAUCCACUCAAGUAUCCAGAAUGGCUUCUCCUAGAGAUCGACAGCGACAUGUUGAUUCGACCCAUCCAAGUCGAAGUAGCCCAUGCUAUUAUUUCACCACCAUCGAUGUCCAAUUCUGUUUUACAGAUGAACAUGGGCCAAGGCAAAACCUCAUGCAUUAUGCCCAUGGCUGCAAUCCUGUUAGCAGACACGACUAAUCUGUGCCGAUUGGUUGUUCCCCGAGCCCUUCUCCUCCAGACAGCACAAGUCAUGCAAAGCCGACUUGGUGGGCUGGUUGGCCGAGAAGUUUGCCACAUACCCUUUGCUCGACGAUCACCUACCGACGGCCAAGCUCUAGAACUUUAUCACAGUCUUCACAAGAGAACUCUCGCAUCAGGAGGAGUCAUGUUGUGCUUGCCAGAACACCUACUUUCCUUCAAGCUGAGCGGGCUCCAGAAGCUGGCCGACAAGGAAGCAAAGAAAGCGCAGAAAAUGAUGAACAUCCAAGCAUGGUUGGAGUCGUCCAGCAGAGAUGUCCUCGACGAGUCUGAUCUUACUCUCUCACCAAAGACGCAAUUGAUAUAUCCGAGUGGUACACCCACCAUGAUUGAUGGCCAUCCUCAACGGUGGCAGCUUAUCGAAGAUGUGCUAUCGUUGAUUGAAUCCCAUGUACCCCAACUUCAGGCCAAUUUUAAAGAUGGGAUACAGGUGUGGCGACGACACCGGGGCUUUCCUGUUAUUCAUCUCUUGUGUGCUAGGGUUGAAGAUCAUCUUAACGCUCUUCUAGUAGAUGAUGUCUGUCAUGGGCGGCUCUCAUAUAUUCAGUUCAAAGCUGAUGCAAGUCUGGAUGCCAAAAGAAACGUCAGAUUAGUACUAUCAACUACUCAACUAUCCGCAUCCGUUUGGGAAAGCGCAAUCGGGUCGUUAAAUGAUGAACCCUCUGGUAGAAAGAACCUCCAUCUUCUUCAUGGCCUCAUUCCCCAGCGGCUGUUGAUUCUCUGUCUGAAGAAGUCAUGGAAUGUUCAGUACGGCCUUCAUCCGGACAGAGCUCCCAUUGCAGUGCCAUUCGAAGCUAAAGGAAUACCUUCGCAAACCGCAGAGUACGGUCACCCGGAUACGGCGCUUGUUCUUACAUGUUUGAGCUUUUACCAUGCUGGUUUGACCAAGUGUCAACUUCUCCAGAGUCUCCAAUUCAUUAGCAACUCUGAGGAUCCCUCCUCGCACUAUCAACGCUUUACGUCCUCACAACACCUUCCUGAAGACCUUGAACAUUGGCAUCUGUUGGAGAUGGACAACGAGGCUCAGGUCACUAUGCUAUGGCAACAUCUCAGGUUCGAGAAGCAUGUGGUCAAUCAUUUCAUGAACAACUUUGCCUUUCCAAAACACGCCAAGCAGUUUGGACUCAAGUUUCAAGCCUCGGCUUGGGACAUACCCCUGCUAUCCGAGAGUAUGGAACGGCAAGGCAUGACCACAGGCUUUAGCGGGACCAAUGAUAACAAAAAGAUCCUGCCACGUACGAUUCGUCAAGACGAUCUGCCCACUCUCAUACAAACCAACGCUGAAGUUUUGAUACAUCUGCUGGAACCGCGUAACCAAAAAUGCUUUCAAGCUAUUGAUGGACACGGACGGCAUCUGAAUGAGAUUGGGAUACUGGAACUACUCCGAAACGACGGGAUCAAGAUAUUGAUAGACGCCGGUGCCCAGAUCCUUGAGAUGGAGAACCAUCAACUUGCUGCGGCCUGGCUUGACGUCUAUCCUGAUGCCCAGGGCGCGGUAUAUUUCGAUAACAACAGCCGUAUCAUGGUACGAGCUCGUUUUCAAAAGUCUCCCGUGCCGCUCUUGGCUAGUCCUUUUGCAGACAAUCUCAACGAAUGCGUAGUCUAUAUCGACGAGGCACACACGCGCGGGACUGACUUGAAGCUUCCAACAUACGCCCAGGGAGCUUUGACAUUGGGCAUUAGUUCGACUAAAGACCAGAUAGUGCAAGCUGCAAUGAGACUGAGACAACUCGCGACAACGCAGUCCAUCGCAUUUGUUGCUCCCCCAGAGGUGUAUACAAGUGUUUUGUCUCUUCGAUCCGCCCACAGUCCAAAGGUUGCAGCCUCGCAACCAUUGAAGUCUACUGACAUUGUCCACUGGCUCCUAGAGCAAAGUUGUCAGGCCAGUGACAAUAUGAUGUCCUUGCACAUCGCCCAAGGGUUCGACUUUUGCAAACGUACAGAUGCUCUAUUGGACUUCAGAAAGUCCUCGCAGAGCAAAAAGAAGAGAGAUAAGCUCCUGCAAGAAACUCAGCAGCCCGAGGGACAGACAUUGGAACAACUCUACGGGCCGAAGCAAGAAGCAUCGUCCACCGGCUUGAAAGUAUUCAAUUCUAGACAUGUACAAAGCUUUGUGAAAGAACUACAAGGGUUGGAGGCGGAUUUGGUCAAAUACCAAAGGCGAGCGUGUUCCUCGGCUUUUGAUGAGGUGGAGCAGGAAAGAGAAGUUGAGUUUGAGGUUCACCAGCUUCGUGAGAAGCAGAACCCUACACAUCUUACAGCACUUGAGUUUCCGGGCCUCGACAAUGCCCUAGUUCGAUUUUGUGAGAAGCCUGAAGUAGAGCUGGCCAGCCUACAUUUUAUCCAAGCUCUUGACUUGAUCGGCCAUACCUAUCUCGGACUUAAGUAUGGUAUCAAGGGAACUUCCUCGAAAUUGUUUGUCUCCAAGGAGUUCUCUAGAACAGUUCAAACCCGGAAGACUGAUGCUUCUUGUCGUCUUAUGCGACCAGUUGAAUGGGUACUCUGGAGACCUGCGAUCGAAACAGCCUUGAUCGUUAUUCCUGAGGAAGCUGAGCUCCUUCUUCCAAAACUCCGUAGGAUACAAACCCCCACGACGUUUCUUCUUACGUACACAUCUGCAUUCACAAGAUCUCUUUUAGAGGUUGGUACCCUUGCGUACUGUCCUGUUCCAACUCCGGAGAAGGAACUUGCUAUCCCUUCUUGGCUGAGCAUCGAGAUUGGUCUCAUGGCUGGUCGAUUGUAUCUUCCUUACGAUGAAUAUACGCAGCUGCGCAUCUGUCUUGAAGUUGAGGAAAGGGCAGAUCCUUCGGUGAUAACCAAUGAUGUUCAUCGCCGCAGGAAACAUAUCCUUCCCAAUUUUGGUAUUAUCAACGCUCAAUCGCUUUCAAAAUUCCUAACUGAAUGGGUUCCACAUCGGUCGCGGUCAUCUGAUAUCAUACAUACUCCUAUGGGGUAUCUGAUUGAAAAUCGGGAUCUCCCUGAGAAUCACCCAUUCUUCACUUCUAAACCCAAAUGGAGAGCUAUAGAAACCAGAUCAUUAGCUGCUCAUGGAGUGCCGAUUAAGAAUACAGAAGCCCAACAUAGCAAUGAUGAAAGCGAAUGGAGUGAUGGCGGAGAUGAAUUAUAA